UCAACAGAGUGACACACAAACACACAGCACAGACUCACAGAGCGCCUCCGGUACUGCUGAGAGACAGAAUGUGGCCUCGAGACGAGCUUUUGAAGACCAUAUGGCACGCUUUCAUAGCCCUGGACGUGGACCAUCGUGGAAAAGUUUCCAAGUCUCAGUUAAAGGUGCUGUCUCACAACCUGUGCACAGUGAUGAGGAUCCCUCAUGACCCUGUGGCCCUUGAAAAACAUUUUAAGGAUGAUGAUCAAGGGCCUCUGUCCAACGAAGGCUACAUGCCUUACCUCAACAAGUUUAUUCUUGACAAGGUCCGGGAGGAUUUUGAUGUACUAGAGUUCAACAAGAUGUGCUGGACACUGUGUUACAAGAAAAAUAUCUGCACUAAACAUCUACUCAUCACAGAUGAGGAUUCUUUCAAAAUCUGGUGUAUUUUCAACUUUCUGUCAGAAGAUAAAUACCCACUAGUCAUCAUCAUUGAAGAGAUUGAGUACUUUCUGCGAAAGCUGAUGGAGACCAUGCGGACUGAAUGGAGUGAGGAGAAGUUUUCCGAUUACAAGCUGCAGCUGAACACAAAGAAGAACUGCCUGACUGCCUGGGAGCUGAUUGAAGUGGUGGGGAUGGGUUACUUCAGCAAGGGCCUGAAUCGCCAGUCCAUGUCCCUGGGCAUCAAUGAGGUCUUCCAGGAGCUCAUACUGGAUGUGCUCAAGCAGUCUCUUUGCUUAACUCCUCGCUGUGUUUUGAAGGGAUACAUGAUGAAAAAGGGCCACAAAAGGAAGAACUGGACUGAGCGCUGGUUUAUCCUUCGACCCAACUCGCUGUCAUAUUAUGUCUGUGAGGAUCUGGUGGAGCAGAAAGGAAAAAUCGCUCUGGACCAAAACUGCUGUGUGGAGUCUCUGCCAGAUAAAGACGGGAAGAAAUGCCUGUUUAUUAUCAAGUGCACUGAUAAAAGCUUUGAGAUCAGUGCAUCAGAUAAAAAGAAGAAGCAGGAAUGGAUUCAAGCAAUUCAAACGUGCAUCCAGCUGCUGAGGUUGGGGCUGCCGUCUCCUCACCGUGAGGCCCGACUGAGGCGCAGGGAGCUCCGGCAGAGGCAGCAUGUGGAAGAGGAUCAUCUGGUGGAGAAGAUGAGGCAGCUCCAGGUGGCCAAUGAGAACAAACAGAGACAGCUGGAGGCCAUGAGGGAGAAAAUGGAAGAGGCUGAAGCUAAAGCAGCAUUAGAGGAGCACAAGAUGUUGAAGACUCAGUUAGACCUACAGGAUCGCUACAGACUGGACCUGGAGAGAGAGAAAAUGAUGGAGGAGCAGGUGGCUCAGAAGUCCAGUGAACUGGAGCAGUACCUGCAGCGUGUCCGGGAGCUGGAGGACAUGUACCACCGGCUGGAGGAGGCUUUAGAGGACGAGAGGCAGGCCAAGCAGGAUGAGGAGGCCAUGCGAAAACUACAGGCCAGGCUGCUGGAGGAGGAGACAACAAAGAGGGCAGAGCUGGAGCAGUUCCACCUGCAGCAGCAGAGGGCGCUCUCUCAGACUGAGGCUGAGAAGCAGGAGCUGGUGGCCGAACAGCUGGCCAAGGAAAGAGAGCUGCAGACAGCCAUGCUACAGCUGGAUAGACUGGAGAAGGAUCGGAAGGGAGCACUGGAGCAGUAUGAGGAGGUGUCGAGGAAACUUGAACGAGCAGCUAACAAGACAAAGACUUGGAAAGACAAGGUGGCCAAACAUGAGGGGUUGGUGCGUCUCAUCCAGCCAGGUCAUAAAGGACCUCAGAGGAUCACCAACUGGGGUCCAGCAUCGUUCACUGAUGCUGAGCUGGAGAUGAGGAAGAAGUCAUGGCAGGAGAGUAAGAACCAGGGGGCUCAGGCUCAGUAAAGACUCAACAUAAUAGAUGGCUCACAUAGCAAAACUGAUUAGGAAAACUCUGACUAUAAUUAACUGUGGAGCCCAAAUUGUCACAUUUCAGGUCUGAAGAAGUUUGACAAUGUGAAUGUACUGAGCCACAGGAAAGUGUGUACAGCUUUGAUUAAUUGUGUUUUACCAGUUUUAUAACAAAAAAAUCCCAUUCAAGCCUCAGAAGCUCAUUCUUGACUGUGGAAGUUUUAGUCUGACAAAAUGAUCUUAAAUCAAGGUCAAUGUCCGCUUAUGGGUUUUUUUCUAGUGAUGAAAGAUCAUGUGAAGACAUCUUAAUCAUUACCAAGACAGUGAAGCAAACUUCAUCCACUGAUGAAUCCUGUCAGAUGUGGUUGAAAUCCCCUGGAAUAAAAGCCGUAAGUGGAGCAUGAGUUAAGAUUAUUUUGUCAAAAAUGAUUAUAUAAUUUUUAUUUUUCUCAAUUGAAUUUCUUUUUUAAUUUAGACCGUCCUUUCUCAUUUCUUGUGCUAUGUUUAAUUUAACUGCUUGGCAGUUUUUUCAUAUUUUGUUUGUUUUAACGUUUCUUUACUUUGAGAACACACUCGCAGUGAGGUGCGGCACAGUGUCAGCUUCAAGUCCAUCAAAAACUAGUUUAAUCUUUGAUCUGAACUUUUUAACCCAUCCGUGGAUAAAAAGGCUGAAUAUCCAUUGACAAUGGAGUAGUUAAAUGGUGUAUUCUUUCAACCUAACUAUCCACACUACUCUUUCAAAACACAAUCACUGCCAUCACUUCACAUUAGGGGUAACCCUAACUAAUUUAAAAGUCUUUUUGCAUUUGAACACAUCCAUCCAACAGCUAAAUUUCCAGUACCUCUCAGAGAAAUCCUGUUAACAAAUAUAAUCCAGUGGACUCUACAGAAAUGGCUUCAGGUUGAACUCUUCUUUUAACCUUCUUAUAAACCCAGUGUGCCUCCCUCACAAGAAGCAGCUUCUGUAAAUCUCCCCCUCUCAGGCUGUGUUCUCAGACACCACCCUGAUGAAGGGGAAAUAGUGUGGUGUUCAGGAGAAGAGCUGUGUAACAUGUUUUAAUUUAGAUGUUUUUGUGUUUUGACAUAAACUUGUUAUGAUGUAAACUAGUGAAAAAAUAUAUGGAGCAUUUUACUGAUACUACUGAUAUAUCUACUGGGUAUAACAGUAGAUAUAUAUUUCCACUUAAGCUCAGUUUAUUAGAUAAAGUUGAAUGAAUUGCAUCCAUUUGUCAUAACUAAGAUGAUAAAAUAGAAAUAAAUAAAACACCAUCUAUUUUUUAUGAAAGUGGGUGGCUGUAUUCAUUUCAGAGGUCUCUACAUUUCAUAGGUUGAGGAGAGGCUGUUUACAAAUAAAGCUUUACCAUUUCUUUCUCA